AUGGGCGAAGGCGGGCUGCCCCCGGCCUUCCAGCUGCUGCUGCGUGCCUGCGACCAAGGCGACACGGAGACGGCGCGGCGGCUGCUGGAGCCGGGGGCGGCGGAACCGGCGGAGCGCGGCGCGGAGCCGGAGGCAGGCGCGGAGCCGGCGGGGCCCGAGGCGGCCGGGCCCGGGGCGGCGGCGGCGGCGGCGGCGGCCGGGGCGCCGGUGCCCGUGGACUGCUCGGACGAGGCAGGCAACACGGCGCUGCAGUUCGCUGCGGCCGGGGGCCACGAGCCGCUGGUGCGCUUCCUGCUGCGCCGCGGCGCCUCGGUCAACAGCCGCAACCACUAUGGCUGGAGCGCGCUCAUGCAGGCGGCCAGAUUUGGGCACGUGAGCGUGGCACACCUGCUUUUGGAUCACGGGGCUGAUGUCAACGCCCAGAACCGGCUGGGGGUCCGUGUGCUCACCGUGGCCUCUCGGGGUGGCCACCUGGGCGUGGUGAAGCUGCUCCUGGAAGCUGGCGCCUUCGUGGACCAUCACAACCCCUCAGGCGAGCAGCCGGCGGCAGGGGACGGCAGGAAUGAGCUGCUGGACAUCACAGCCCUGAUGGCUGCCAUCCAGCACGGACAUGAGGCCGUGGUGCGUCUGCUGCUGGAGUGGGGUGCAGACCCCAACCACGCGGCACGGACUGUGGGCUGGAGUCCGCUGAUGCUGGCAGCGCUCAUUGGAAGGCUGGGUGUGGCCCAGCAGCUGGUGGAGAAGGGGGCCAACCCCGACCACCUCAGUGUGCUGGAGAAGACUGCCUUCGAGGUCGCACUUGACCGCAAGCACAGGGACCUUGCCGAUUACCUGGACCCACUGACCACCGUCAGGCCCAAGACAGAUGAGGAGAAAAGGCGGCCUGAUAUUUUCCAUGCGUUGAAAAUGGGAAACUUCCAGUUGGUCAAAGAGAUUGCUGAUGAAGACCCCAACCACGUGAACCUGGUCAAUGGGGACGGGGCAACCCCCCUGAUGCUGGCAGCCGUCAUGGGGCAGCUGCCUCUGGUGCAGCUGCUGGUGGAGAGGCAUGCCGAAGUUGACAAGCAGGACAGCGUGCAUGGCUGGACGGCCCUCAUGCAGGCCACCUACCACGGGAAUAAGGAAAUUGUCAAAUAUCUGCUAAACCAAGGAGCUGAUGUCACUCUUCGAGCAAAAAACGGGUACACGGCCUUUGACCUAGUGAUGCUGCUGAGUGAUCCUGACACGGAACUUGUUCGACUGCUGGCAUCUGUCUGCAUGCAGGUGAAUAAAGACAAAGGCCGGCCCAGCCACCCGCCACCCCUGCCCUACUCGAAGGUCCGACAGCCCUGGAGCGUCCCAGUGCUGCCCGAUGACAAAGGCGGGCUUAAGUCCUGGUGGAACCGAAUGUCCAAUCGGUUUCGGAAGCUGAAAUUGAUGCAGACUCUGCCCCGUGGGCUGUCCAGCAACCAGCCGUUGCCUUUCUGUGAUGAGCCAGAACCAGCACUGGACACCACAAUGCGGGCACCCCCCCAGGACAAGACCAGCUGCUCUGGGCUCCCCAACGUGGCCCCCACGAUGAAAGACAAUGGUCCUGGGAGCACGAGAGGAGAAAAGGAAGAUGUGUUAUUGACAACCAUGCUUCGAAAUGGAGCCCCCUUCACCAGACUCCCGAGUGACAAGCUGAAGGCAGUCAUCCCCCCUUUCUUGCCCCCUUCCAGCUUUGAGCUGUGGAGCUCGGACCGGUCCAGGACAUGUCACAACGGGAAGGUAGACCCCAUGAAGACUGUGCUGCCCCAGAGAGCCAGCAGGGGCCACCCCAUGGGCAAUGGGAGCACAGACACCACUCCUGUCAGGCCGGUUAAAUUUCCAUCUCUCUCCAGAAGCCCAGCCUCUCCUGCCAAUUCUGGAAACUUCAACCACUCACCUCAUUCCUCAGGUGGCUCCAGUGGGGUAGGGGGCAUGAGUAGGCACGGCGGGGAGCUGCAUAACCGCUCAGGUGGCAGCAUAGACAGUGUCCUGUCCCAGAUCGCUGCCCAGAGAAAAAAAGCAGCCGGACUAUCUGAGCAGAAGCCCAGCCAUCGGUCAAGUCCUAUUGGGCCAGCACCUGGGUCCAGCCCUUCUGAACAACUGGUCUCCCCUGCAGGUGGUGGCAGUCCCGGUGGCAAGAAACUGGAGAUGAGCAAAAGGCCUCCGUCUGGAACUUCCACUACCUCCAAAAGUACCUCCCCCACCCUUACCCCCUCCCCUUCGCCCAAAGGCCAUGCGGCCGAGUCCUCGGUGUCCUCCUCUUCGUCCCACCGGCAGUCCAAGAGCAGUGGGGGCUCUAGCAGCGGCACCAUCACCGAUGAGGAUGAACUGACUGGAAUCCUUAAGAAAUUGUCACUUGAGAAAUACCAGCCCAUUUUUGAGGAGCAAGAGGUGGAUAUGGAAGCGUUCCUCACCCUCACUGACGGCGACUUGAAGGAGCUGGGUAUUAAGACAGAUGGAUCCAGGCAGCAGAUUCUGGCAGCAAUUUCUGAACUGAAUGCAGGCAAGGGACGUGAGAGACAGAUUUUACAGGAAACCAUUCACAACUUCCAUUCUUCCUUUGAGAGCAGUGCCAGCAACACCAGGGCGCCUGGAAACAAUCCCUGUACAUGAUCCUCCUUCCUGUGGUCACCAGCGUGAGCUUUCUGAAUCUCAAUACUGCCUCCACACAGCCAGUGUACCAGCCACCCUCAACUCUUCCCGGUUCCUGAAACACUCCGUGCCUUGUCAUACCACUGUGCCUUAGUCAUGUUGUUCCCUCUGCCUGGAACACCCAUCUUCCCCUGCUCUGCUGUGGUAGUUGAUGAAGCUUGUUGCUGUAAAAAACUCCAACACAUUAGAGACUUAGUCUCACUUACAGUCUAGUAUGGCAGCUUGGCAGGUGGUUUCAUACAGUGAUUCGGGGGCCCAGCUUCUUUCAUCUGUGGCUGUGCCUUCCCAGGGGCCUCAGAGUCUUUUCUGGCUGGCAGAAGGGGAAAAGGAUGGUGAAGGUGAAGGCACAGCCAUUUCUUACUGCCUGCUCUUAACUGCCCACGUUCCAUUGGCUCCUCCUACUCCCAUUCACCAGUGGUCACCAGUAGUCACAUGGCCAUACCUGGAUGCAAAGGACACUGGGAAAUGUAGUCUUUGUUCAGGGAGUGGCUUCACAGCAACAACUCCUUCCUGAGGAAUCACAUGUUUUCGUAGAUUAGCCUUUUCUGCUACAUCUUCCUUUAAAACUUCUAACUUGUUCCCCACACUUAGACUCAUCUAUCAGAUGAAGCCUUUUCUAACCCCUCCAGUCACUGGGGUCCCUGACUGCUUUGUACAGAACUCUGCUUUAGUACUUCACUGCACCUACUGCAUACAACAUGCAACAGGAUGUGUGUGUUGAAUGCGCUUCUCUUUAUUGCAAAGGCAGCCUUUUAUGCUGGAAAAUGGAGGAGGCUCAUUGUGUGAACUUGAGAGAUCCCUUAGCUUUCUGGCCCUCAGUUUCCUCAUCUGUGGUCAGGCAAGAUUAUGCUCUGAUACUCCACAUCACUCAUCCCAGGUCACUGUGGGACGUUCUGCACUUCAAGUGAGAGCAGAAGACCUUAAUAUAUUACAUUGUGGAAGGACUUCGGUGCUCACAUCUUCUAGGCAAAGAAGCAGAGAAUUUGGAAUGUUUUCUAGACUCUGUUAGUGCUAUGUUUCUCAGAAGGGCAUUGACUCAUGUAGUUUUUCUACCAUGUUAUGAUAGAGGGCUUUGAAUUUAAAUCCAAUAGCUUUCUGUACUGUUUUCAAGUGAGUAAUUCAUUCGGCCAACACUUGCUGCAUUUAUGUCAUUUGCUGGGUGCUGGGGGUACAGAGACGAGCUAGAGCCAGUCUCCACCCUUGCGCCCUCAACAAGCAAGAGAUGUGAAUGGGAAAUCCAAUCCCAACCUUAAAGGACAGCACAGCACAAUGGAGUUGAAAGAGUUUGUGCUCUGGACUAAGGUUCAGAGUUCAGAUCCAGCCCUGUGGCUGGCCAGCUGUGUAGCCAGAGAUGGGUUACUUAGCCUCUUCAUUGGAGCUUAGAGCAGAGUACAUAAAGUACUUGGU